CUCGCCAGCAGGAACUGUUUGACCCACUGAAGAUCCUGCGUCCUUUGCACUUCCGCCUCAUUUGCUUUCUCUUCUUGCACCGCCGAUCUACAACUACGUCCAAACCCGAAUGCAGGAAACGCCGACUGUCCCGUGUUCGCUGGGACAGAAGCGGGGAGGCUGAAGUGUCCGGGUGGCGCAUAGCCGAGAGGAGGCGGCGGCACGGAGAAGUCGAAGCCAAACGGCGGUGCAAGCUGCUGAGCUCCAAAGCCCUGGGGACCAGGCGGAGGAAAGGGGCUCCCAAAGGAGAAGUCCGGGGCCAGACGGCGCGUCCACUGGUCAUGGGCGGCGUUAGCGGCUUUAGAAUCAAGGGCCGAUGGAGGAAAUCAAAGUGUCUCCGGACUACAACUGGUUCAGAAGCACGGUUCCCCUGAAGAGGAUCAUUGUGGACGAUGACGACAGCAAGGUGUGGUCCCUGUACGACGCCGGCCCCAAGAGCAUCAGGUGUCCCAUCGUCUUCCUGCCCCCCGUCAGUGGGACAGCCGAGGUUUUCUUCCAGCAGGUUCUGGCUUUGACUGGCUGGGGAUACAGAGUCAUCUCGCUGCAGUACCCCGUCUACUGGGACCUCAUGGAGUUCUGCGACGGCUUCCGCAAGCUUCUGGACCACCUGCAGUUGGACAAGGUGCAUCUCUUCGGCGCCUCUCUGGGCGGCUUCCUGGCGCAGAAGUUUGCCGAACACACGCACAAGUCCCCGCGGGUGCAGUCGCUGAUCCUGUGCAACUCCUUCAGCGACACGUCCAUCUUCAACCAGACGUGGACGGCCAACAGCUUCUGGCUGAUGCCGGCCUUCAUGCUGAAGAAAAUCGUGCUGGGGAACUUUGCCAAAGGACCGGUUGACCCCAAAAUGGCCGACGCCAUUGACUUCAUGGUGGACAGGCUGGAGACCUUGAACCAGAGCGAGCUGGCGUCGCGGCUCACGCUGAACUGCCAGAACUCCUACGUGGAGCCGCACAAGAUCAAGGAAGUCGCGGUGACCAUCAUAGACGUGUUCGACCAGAGCGCGCUGUCACUGGAAGCGAAAGAAGAAAUGUACAAGCUGUAUCCUCACGGCAGACGAGCCCAUCUGAAGACCGGAGGGAACUUUCCGUACCUGUGUCGCAGCGCAGAGGUCAACCUCUACAUCCAGAUUCACCUGCGUCAGUUUCAUGGGACGCGCUACGCUGCCAUCAACCCGGCAAUGGUCAGCGCCGAGGAGUUGGAGGUCCAGGAGAGCCAGCUGAGCCGGAGCCAGAAUUCCGAGGAGGAUCCGUGAGAGCCCGACCCCAUUGAUUCCCACUCCCAAGAAGUUUUUAUCAAGCAGCGUCUGCUUUGGUUGGACAGAAGAAGCAGCAAUAUUUUGAUAAGGACUUGUAGAUACAUUUUACUGCUCUGCUCUUCAGACACUUUGCCUUAUGUCGUUUCUGUUGUGGCUCCCCUGGUGGCCCGGGGGGGGGGCGAGUCAGGGGUGCGUUUGUUCCGCCUCACCUUUCAGUCCCUUCUUUUCAUCGCGUCAUGGAGCCGGUUGCCAUGACUCCAGCCCAGCCUGUGACUGCUCCCACGCUCAAAAUGGUGCCUGUGCCUUCAAGAGUUCCUGAGUCUUAUUUUGCACUGAUUUUCAAAUAAAGUCGCCAAUGUC